AGAGUAAUGAUACAAGUACAGUGUGUGAUUACCACUAUGAUGUGCAACUAGAUGCCGUUAAAAAAAUCAUGACAGCUCUAGCAGAUGUGAAAAAGAGCACGGAUAACAUCGAACAGCAGUUAACUGCAAUUCGGGCAACAAACCGAUCGGGUUGUAUGGAAGCAACUUUUAACGGCUUGAAGAGUGGCGUCUAUAAAAUCAAACUCGAAAAGAUGAAUAUCAUCGACUUGGAGGUAUUUUGUGACGAAGACGUCGAUUUUGGGAGAUGGUUAGUUAUUCAACGGCGUCAAAGUGGCUUAGUGAAUUUUACUAGAGAUUGGAAUGACUAUAAGCAGGGAUUUGGUGAUUUAAGCGGAAACUAUUGGAUCGGUUUGGAAAAACUACACGCGCUAACCAGGAGCUGGGAACAGGAGUUGUUUAUUCAACUGGAAAGGCGUAAUGGCGAAAAAUAUGCAGAGUUCCUUAUAGGGGCUGAAUCACAGAGCUACACUUUGAAGAAAUUGGGUAAUAAUAGCGGAAAUGUUGGUGAUUCCUUAAAACAUCAUUUCAAUCAAUUCCUAUGUUCUGCUCCCCUACAGCCAAAGUCUUAAUUCGGACCAGCCAACAAGUAGCAAGUGUUCCAUCAUGACAACGUCAGGUUACACAAACCUAUAGUGAUCCGCCACAAGCUACGAGCGAGGAUUUCAAUAAGUUUUGCGUUAUAAAUCUUCACACUGACAAUAAGUUAUCGAACAACACAGUGCUUAUUUGAACUAAUUCGAUGUAUUCUAAAUGUGCUAAAUAAAUCCUUCAUUAUUUGGCCAUUAAAA